AUGAUGAGAGGUGUAGGAGGACCUCUUCUAUGCAUAGGCGAUCUGCUGAGCGAUGUGGGAGAAUCAGAUGCUUCACGACCACCACCACCACAACAACAACAUGAACCCUCUUCAUCUUCUCCUAUUUCCAGCUCCACUGCAAGCUUGGACCUCACCAAGUUAUUCCAGGAGAACUAUGAGCAGUUGAACGAGGCGCUUGCGGGUACAGACCACUCAUGGGCAGCUCUUACUUUGAAGUUAUGCCGUGCUCUGGAUACUGCGAACAAGUUAGUUCAGUCAACAAACUCAAAUGUCGUGUCGUUGUCGGAGAAGGUUGGAGAGCUUGAGGGAGUUGUCAAGAGGGCAGAUUCUGCCAUAGCAGCAGCAAGGGUCGUCCAUGGCUCACUAAACAAAACUGAGGGAAAACUUAUCGGCAAUGAAAAUGUCAAAUGA